AUGCCAAUGACUGCUGCGAAUAUGUUUUGGUUAGAUGCUCUUCACGAUUGUAAAAUCGAUCAUUCAUUAUCCUUACCAUUUGAUCGAUAUCGACUUUCUGAUGAACAUCGAACUGGUCGUGGAGUAUUUAUCUCUUUCGAUUUUGGUGUAAAUCUUUCACAUAAUUUUCUUUCUUAUUCAUUAUCGAACGACAUAACAGUUGAACAAUUGGCACUUGCUAGUUAUUAUGCAUUCUUGUUCAAAUUGACUAAUGGAGAAAGUGAUUUAUGUAUUGGAAUGAAUAUACAUGGUAGAUAUAAGGGAGAAUUGAUGUCAGUGAUUGGAAUGUUCGUCAAUGCUAUUCCUUUGCGAUGUCAACUAGAUGCUCAUUGGUCUUUUCAUCAACUAGUCGAAGAUGUUCGAGACAUUGCAAGAAAUAGUUUGAAGUAUUCUUAUUUUCCUCUUCAGCGAAUUCUAGCUCAACAUCCAUAUGCUACAAAACCUGCAUUUCUUGAGACAUUAUUCGAAUUUCGAUCAUAUACUUCUAAAAAUCGUAAGAAUAAAGUGAUGAUUGGUAAUGCCCAGCUUAUUGCUGCACCCUUUACAAUCAAGAUUGGUGAAGAUGAAAUAAUGAGUAAAUUCGAUUUCAUUCUUACUAUUCAACAUGAUUUGGAUACCAAUCAACUAUCAUACACAAUCAAUGCAUCACUUGACUUGUUUGAUAGAAAAACAGUUGAUAUAAUUGCACAACGGUUUCACUCAAUGUUAGAACAAUUGUUUGACACAGAAGAUGCUCCGACUAACAAACCUAUCUAUGAAUUGCCAUUAAUAUUAGCUGAUGAAAAGUUACUUAUGAAAUCAAUGAAUAAUACACAAGUAUUAUCUCCGUCUGUCACUUGUAUACAUCAUAGAUUUGUUCAUCAAGUGAUGAAAUAUUCACAAAAAUUAGCUGUCGAGUUGGAUGAUCAAUCUCUUACAUAUUGUGAACUUUUAUAUUAUAGUCAAGUAUUAUCUUGGAAUUUUUUGAAUGAACAAAGAGUGAAUGUAGGGGAGAUUGUUUGUCAAUGUGUAGAGAGAAGUUUAUCAAUGGUGAUUGGUAUGAUGGCAAUUGAGAUGGCUGGUGGUGUUUAUUGUCCAUUAUCACCUCGAGAUCCACAACAUCGGCUGCAUGGACUCGUAGAACAAACUCACAGUCGUCUUGUUCUUGUUCAUCAUCUGACAAAAAAUAAAUUUAAUGAUAGUGAAGCUUUUCCUGUAAAAUUAGUGAACCUACUCCGAAGUAUGGUAACGCCGACUUGUCAAAUAUGGAAUUUAUAUGGACCAGCUGAGACAACUAUUGAUUGUACAUUCCAUCUUGUACAAGUAGCAGCCGAUCAAGAGAGGAUUGCUAUCGGUGUACGCCUUCCUAAUUAUAGAUGCAUGAUUCUAGAUGAAUUCUCAGAAUCAGUUCUUAUUGACCAAGAGGGAGAACUCUUAGUGGGAGGUAUAGGUGUCUUUGCCGGCUAUCUUGGACGUGAUGAUUUGACAACAAGAGCACGUAUUGUAAUAGAUAGUGAAAUAUUUUAUCGAACAGGCGAUCUUGUUCGAAUGGAUAGCAACGGUCUUCUUCAUUAUCAAGGAAGAAAAGAUUAUCAAAUUAAGUUGCAUGGACAACGUAUUGAACUUGGAGAAAUCGAACAAUGUUUACUUAAUACAUUAAUUUCCGCUUGUGUUGUCAUCAAAUGGGAUGAUGACCAUUUGAUUGCUUAUGUUCAAAGUUCUAAUAUGGAUGAAGAACAAUUACGUAAACAUUGUCAAUCUCAUCUUCCACCUCAUAUGAUUCCAUCAUUAUUUAUUGUACUUGAUAAAUUACCUUUGAAUGUAAAUGGAAAAAUAGAUCGAAAACUUCUUCCUUCUCCUUCUUCUUAUUUCUCUCAUUCUCUACAACUGAAUCAUACGAAUAACUUACAAGUGGAAAAACCUCAUAAUGAAAUUGAAAUUACACUUCACACUGUUUGGUGUGAUAUGCUUCAACAGAAACAAAUUUCAAUCGAUACAAAUAUCUUUACAAUUGGUGGUCAUUCUCUUGUACUUAUGCAACUUUAUCAUCGAUAUCAAACAACAUUUCAUUUAGAAACAAAACAUCUCUCAAUUAAUGAUCUAUUUCAAUAUCCAACAAUUAUUGAUCAUGCUCAAUUUAUUCGUCAAGCUCUCAAUAUUGAAAAACAUUUUGAAGUUUGUUGGUCUUCUCUACAUCUCAUUCAAGCUCCAGCAUCAUUUGCUCAAGAAAGAAUAGUUCUUGAUGAACAAAUUCGUUUUUCAUCCAAAAGUAACAAUGGAAUAUAUACUAUUCCAUUACUUUAUCGUGUAGCAUCUGUAAAUAGUCAUAUAUCAACUACUCGAUUACAUCAUGCAUUACAAUUUGUAAUUAUGAAACAUAGCAUUCUCCGCACAGCACUUCAUAUCGAUAGUAAUGGUAUUAUAAUGCAACAUUGUUUGAAUAUGAAUAUCAAUAAUAAUAAUAUUAAACCAUAUGGAUUUUCAAUAAUUAAUCUUCAUGAUGAUAAAGAUCGCAACAUUAAUAAAACAAUAACUGAGAUAAUGAAUAACUCUGAUAUGUUUGACUUAACAAAAGGAUGUGUUAUUCAUUGUCAUAUUCUUCGUCAAUAUCAUUCGGAUGAUAAUCUUUCAUUUAAGAAUGAUGAUCUAUUGAUUAAAGAUGAUUUAAUAUUAUUUAACAUUCAUCAUUCAGCAUUUGAUGGAGCUUCUACAUCGAUUUUUCUUCGUGAUUUUUCUCUUGCUUAUGCGACUGGUUGUUCAUUGCCUUUGGAUGAUAAUGCACUGCAAUACAUUGAUUAUUCUAUUUAUGAACAUCAAAUGGAUAUGACAUUAUCACGUGACUUUUGGCAAUCACAACUUAGAGGAUGCAAUCUCGAAUGUCAACUGUCUUUGCCAAUUGACCGACGACGUUCAUUGACUGAUCAACGAUCUGGUUUUGCUUCGAUAGCUAAAAUCUCUUUCGAUGAUCAGAUUUCCAUAGCAUUUCUAAAUUAUGCAUCUGCACAUAAAAUGACACCAUUUCAACUAGGACUGGCUACAUUUUAUGCAUUUUUAUUCAAAUUAACUUAUGGUCAAAGUGACCUCUGUAUUACUUGUCUCAAUGCCAAUCGAUAUCAAAGUGAAUUACAAAAUAUGAUUGGAAUGUUUGUUGCAACAUUACCUUAUCGUAUUCAACUUGAUUCUCGUUGGUCAUUCGAUGAACUUGUCAAACAUGUACGAGAUAGAUAUGCUGCUAUUGAACAAGAAAUGCCAAUGACUGCUGCGAGUAUCUUUUGGCAUGAAACUCUUUAUGAUUGUAAUCUAGAUCAAUCUUUACAGUUACCAUUUGAUCGGUAUCGUCUUUCUGAUGAACAUCGAAGUGGUCGUGGAAUAUCUGUCUCUUUUAAUUUUGGAGAAGAUCUAUCGCGAGCUUUCCUCACUUAUUCAUCAUCGAACGGCAUAACACCUGAACAAUUGCUACUUGCUAGUUAUUUUGCAUUCUUGUUCAAAUUGACUAAUGGAGAAAGUGAUUUAUGUAUUGGAAUGAACACAGAUGGAAGAUAUAAAGAAGAAUUGAUGUCAGUGAUUGGAAUGUUUGUCAAUGCUAUUCCUUUGCGAUGUCAAUUAGAUCCUCCUUGGUCUUUUCAUCAGCUAGUUGAGCAUGUUAAAGAGAUAAUUACAAAUAGUUUAAAGUAUUCUUAUUUUCCUCUUCAACGAAUUCUCGCUCAACAUCCAAAUGCUACAAAACCUACAUUUCUUGAGACAUCAUUUGAAUUUCAUUCAUUUAAAAGUAAAAGUGAUAAGAAUGAAAUGAUGAUUGGAAAUGCUCGACUUGUUGCUGUGCCGAUUUCAAUAAAUAUUGGAGAAGAUGAAAUAAUGAGCAAGUUUGAUUUCAUCCUUAGUAUUCAAUAUGAUUUGGAUAUUGAUCAACUCUCAUGCACAAUCAAUGCAUCACUCGAUUUGUUCGAUAGAAUAACUGUGAAUAAGAUAGUUCAACGGUUUCAUUCAAUGUUAGAACAACUAUUUAACGUAACAGAUAUUCAGAUGAAGGAGCCAAUUUAUGAAUUAUCAUUGAUAUUACCAAAUGAAAAAUUCCUUAUGAAAUCAAUGAAUAAUACACAAGUAUUAUUUCCUUCUGUCACUUGUAUACAUCAUGAAUUUGUUCAUCAAGUGAUGAAAUACCCGCAAAAACUGGCAGUCGAACUGGAUGAUCAAUCUCUCACAUAUUCUGAACUUCUAUAUUAUGUUCAAGUAUUAUCUUUGAAUCUUUUGAAUGAACAACAAGUGAUUGUAGGUGAUAUUAUUUGUCAAUGUGUAGAGAGAAGUUUAUUAAUGGUGAUUGGUAUGAUGGCAAUAGAAAUGAUUGGUGCUGUGUAUUGUCCAUUAUCACCUCGAGAUCCAGAACAUCGUCUGCAUCUGCUUGUAGAACAAACUCGAAGCCAACUUGUUUUUAUCCAUCAUCUAACAAAAAAGAAAUUUAAUGAUAGUAUUAUUUCACUUGACAUUGAUUCAAUGUUAAUUGACAAUGAUAUGGAAAGCGAUGUUGAUGUCAAUCGACUAUCAAAUGUUACAGUAAUAUCAGAAGAUAUUGCUUACAUUAUAUUCACAAGUGGUUCUACUGGAACACCGAAAACAGUUAGUUAA